AUGAGGGAACAAGUACGAGCUCAGUCAUAUACCUCAAGCCCAUACCCAUAUGUGCCAGAGUAUGCUGGAGUUCAAGAUGUGUCACGGGGAAACCCUCACCACUCCAUGAUAUCAAGUGCUCCAGUCGAUGCUUUUGACCCUUGGGUACUUGAGGGACCUCCCUGUGGCAGCCCUCUAUCAACAGCCUCUUCAAUUGGACACUCCGAGUGUGUUCCUACACCUCCUUAUGAUGGCGUUGCUAUGUACGAACCAUACUUUCAUGAUAUCCCCGAUCCCUCAGUUGGCCAUACUCCCUGGAAGAGCGAACCAGAGCAACUCUGGCGACCCAACUACACCGAACCAACUGCGUGGUGCUCACAGAGUUAUGUGCUGUCAUACCAUGCAAACCCCACUCAGAAUCAGCUACCUGUUCAACCAAUGCAUAGCUAUAUGCCACUACCGCGCAAUUCGGCAUACGAUUCGUAUGUAGUACAUACAGACGGUUUCGUAGCUCCAUACGAACCUCUCACAACUGCAAGAGCAGAUUCUAUGCCAUUCAGGUUCAGGAGCACAAAUAUCAAAUCCGAGUCGACCAGCAACCGAGAGAACGACAGCCAAAGCGACUCUGACUCUGACGAUUCCGACAACGACGACUCAGCCUCCCAGAAGUCCUCGGCCUCAACGAAAAAGGAUACCCGUGCAGCUCGCAACGUCAUGAACUUGGGAAAAUGGGCAAACAACGUCAUCGACUUGUACAACAAUACCGCACAACAACGUCUGUAUGAGUGCCCCAUGCACGUCUCCGGAAGCCAGUCAAAAGCCGUGCCAUGUCAGAGAAGCUUUGUACGGCCCGAACAUUUACGACGACACGUCAAGACGGUGCAUAGUAAAGAGAGGUUGUACAUGUGCAAGGUACCUGAUUGUCACAGGCCCUUCUCAAGGGGAGAUAACCUUCGCGAGCACUACUGGACACAUGUUGAGCGCGGUGGCAGGGGCGGCAAGAACAGGAAGAUGGGCUUUCCCGAGUUGAAGGCGAUCCUGGGCCCUAAAGAGAAGCAGCUGGCCAAGAGGCUUAAGCGCAAGCUUGACGUGGAGACGGAGAAGAUCCUGAUGGGUACGAGGUCGAAGCUUUGA